AGAGCAAUUCCAUUUCUACGCCCGUCGUCGAUGGUUUACCGAAAUCGCACUCUUAAUCCAAUUAAACAGCGUCGACUAAAAAUAUUAAAACAAAAAAACCCACACACACACAAGAAAAACAAUGCAUUUGCCCCAAGGAGCAUUAAGCUUUCUGUUCAUCACUUGCAUGAUGUUCGCACUGGCAGGCGGCCAUCCAUCAAGCGACAAGCUGAAGAUCCGAAUACACGUGCCGGUGAAGCACCACACACAUGUGCACACAAAGACGGUCAUUAAGAAGGUUCCGCUGCCCAUUCCGGUGCCGGUCAAGGAGCACCACCACGAGCCGAAGAAGCACCACAGCAGCCGCAGCCACCAUCACCACCACCACGAGGACGACCAGGACGACGAUUUCGAGGGCUACGAGUACCCCAUCAAGGCCAAGCGGCGCACGCGGCAUCCCUUUGUCUGAGCCACCCAGCCGCCCACUCCGCCCACUCAGCGGGGAAAAUGAAAUCAAAUGAAAUACAAUUUACGCAGAUUAAGAUGAAAAUAAACCAAAAUACGAGGCAGCUUGGGUAAGCUGCGCAUGGAGAGGCCAAGAAAAACACAGCAGA